GUUGAUGAAAACGAAGAACGAGGAAACUGGACUGGCAGAUUUGAUUUUUUGUUAUCUAUGUUAGGGUAUGCCGUUGGACUAGGAAAUGUUUGGAGAUUUCCCUACCUUUGUUACAGGAAUGGCGGUGGAGCUUUUCUCUUACCAUUUAUUAUCAUGAUGGCUAUUGUUGGAAUUCCUCUAUUUUUCCUGGAGGCAUCAUUAGGACAGUUUACUAGCAGUGGACCCAUGACAUGUUGGCAAUGUGCUCCCUUAUUUAAAGGAGUCGGAGUUGCCAUGGUGAUUGUAUCUGCAUUAACCAGCAUUUAUUACAACAUGAUUCUAGCUUGGGCACAAUUCUACCUCUUCGCAUCAUUCACUAGUGAAUUACCAUGGACAUCCUGUGUACAGAAAUGGAAUACUGAAGAAGAUGAUGAAAUAACGGGCAUCUGGAAUUCUUCUUUAUUCACUGAAGUUACUGGUAGAAAACGCACUUCACCAUCGGAAGAAUACUGGAAUAAUCGCGCUCUUGGUAUGUCUGAUGGUAUUGAAAAUUAUGGUCUACCGCGUUGGGAAUUGGUUUUAAAUUUAAUGUUAGCUUGGAUCAUUUGUUUUUUCUGUUUGAUAAAAGGCAUUAAGUCUACUGGAAAGGUUGUAUAUUUUACUGCCAUAUUUCCCUAUGUUGUGUUACUGAUUUUAUUUUUUCGUGGUGUAACAUUGGAAAAUGCUAGUGAAGGAAUAUAUUACUUUAUUGUUCCUGAAUUUGAACGACUAUUGGACGCUAGGGUCUGGAAAGACGCUGCUAAUCAGAUAUUUUUCUCUAUGUCGAUAGCUGGUGGUGGAUUAAUCACUCUCUCUAGUUAUAACCGAUUCCAUAACAAUAUUCUCAGAGAUACGUUGAUAGUAAGUUUAGGUGAUACAUUAACCUGUAUAUUUGCUGGUUUUGUUAUAUUUUCCUACCUGGGUUACAUGGCUGGUCAGAUGGGAGUCAAGGUUGAGGAUGUGGUUGCAGACGGUGCUGGCUUGGCUUUCGUUGUAUAUCCUUCAGCAGUGUCCAGUUUACCACCGCCAACACUCUGGUCUAUUUUAUUUUUCUUCAUGUUGAUAACACUAGGCCUUGAUAGUCAGUUCGCUAUGUUAGAAACAGUAUUAACCGGUGUUAUGGACCAAUUUCCACAUUUACGACCCAGGAAAACGUUUAUUAUUGGCAUUAUUUGUUGCAUUUUCUUCAUUUUGGGUUUACCUUUAACUUGCCCCGGUGGAAUGUAUUUAUUACAAAUGAUGGAUAAUUAUGUUGGAGGCUGGACAUUAAUGGUUAUUGGGUUCUUUGAACUAGUAGCCCUUGUUUUUGUUUAUGGUGCUGAAAGGCUGUAUCAAGAUUUAACUGUCAUGCUGGGUAAAAGACCAUCAAUAUGGUGGAAGAUUUGUUGGUAUGGUCUUAGUUUUGUUACUAUAAUAUUUAUUUUUAUAUUUACAUGGGUUGAUUAUGAGGCGUCCAAAUAUGGCGAUUAUACUUACCCACCAUGGGCUGAUGCUAUUGGUUGGAUCAUGGCUUUUGGCUCCGUCAUGGCCAUACCAAUUUUUAUGAUGAUCAAAAUAGGUAGAGAGGAUGAGUCGUACAAUGUAUUAGAGGUGGGUAAUUUUGCUAUUUUUACUUUUCUUAUUUCCAUUUCAAAACCGAAAAAAAGUCCAAUGGUAUGA